CACACACACACAUAGAUACACAUACAUAGGUACGAACACACACGCGCACACCGAGCAUACACCGAUUGGUGCAUAGUAAAUUCAUACUAAUACACACACGAAGAGCGAGCGCACUAACGCACGCAACCACACACACACACACACAUAAAUCCAUAUAACAUACACAUCACAAAUCACACACAUACACAUCGCACAUGCACACACUAAGGCACAUAAAUGUAAACACACACACACACACAUACACACAGUAAACACUACACACUGAAGCUACGCGCGCACUGAAUCAAACAUUUACAUACACACACAACUAUAUAUAUGUAUAUAUAUAGACAUAAAUACAUACAUACACCCUUACACAUUAUAAACACACACAUGCUGCACAGACACACGCACACAUCCAUGUAGUAGUGCACAGUAAGGUACAUAGACCACACGUGCACUGACGCACACACACACACACCCAUCAAUGCACACCCACACAUUGCAAGCAUACACACACAUACACACGCAACCAUUCACAACAGAUCGCUUUUACUUCUCAUUACAAAACAGGCCGACGAGGGAGUCUCUACGCGGUCGCUCGAUUUGCUAGUAAUAGCAGCCAAAAAUCUUUCAAAACCACACACACACACACACACGUACACGUACACACAUUACCAACCGUCGUGGAUAUACAUCAAGUAUAAACAUAGACGGAAUGGUCACGACUGGAAUACAUUUGACCAUAGGUCUGCUCGAUCAGGGCUGACCUGGGGCUAAACAGCCACGACAACUUCUCGCCACACACAUACACACGCACACACAGAGACACGCGCGCACACACACAAAGUAAUACCAACAACAGGAACUCCCCCCACUCUCACCACCACCUUCAGCAACGCCACCACUUUCGCUUACCUACACAACUUCGCCUCUUGUUCCGCAGCCCCUUUUCUUCUUCUUCUUCUUCUUCUUCUUCUUCUUUUUCUUCUUCUUCUUCUUCUUCUUCUUCUUCUUCUUCUUCUUCUUCUUCUUCUUCUUCUUCUUCUUCUUCUUCUUCUUCUUCUUCUUCUUCUGUUUCUUCUUCUCUCCCUUCUCUACACAUUUCCUUCUUUGUUUCUUCUUUCUCUCUCCUUUUUCUUUCUUUCUUCCAUUCAAGUUUUUUUUUCUCUCUCUCUCUUUCCCUUUCGUACAUUCUUCAUUCCUUCCUUUAUAUUAUUCCUUCUUUAUCCCAUCACUUGCACCCCCGUCCAUGGGAGAGGGUGUGGACCUAGCUUACCCAAGUGCUAGCGUACGUGUGGUUCUCAUCUUGUCCAUGAGUGUCUUCUGUCUAAUAACAGUUGUUUCAAAUAUUCUGGUGAUUGUCACUGUAAUUCUUACGAAAAAACUGAGGACCAUAUCGUCGGCUUUCCUUCUCAAUCUUUGCGUAGCAGACUUAGGAAAUGGCCUACUUACAAUGCCGUUUAUAAUUAUUGGUCUGGCAUACGACGGAGUACCUCUCACACAGACAAUAUGCAAACUGUUCGGAUUUCUCUUCAACCUGUUUUCAAUCGCAUCCAUACUCUCUAUCGUGGCCAUAGCACUUGACCGUUAUUCAGCCAUCAUUCACUGUCUAGAAUAUUCUUCCUGGUCAGCAUACAAAUAUGUUGGCAGUCUCACGGCUUGGAUCUGGUUGCAGGCGACAGGCUCAGCAUUCAUGCCGCUAUUCGGUGUCGGCAGUUAUUGUGUACAGAAUUUCCUCUGCGUUGCUGUUUGGUCCAAUUUAGUCUACACUGUUCUCAUGUGCAUUUUGAACUUCUUCAUCCCUCUCUUUCUCAUGCUUUUUUGUUAUAUCACAAUAAUCAAGGUUGCACGCUGUCAUGCAACACGCAUAACAGCCGUGCAAUCGCAGGCGAGAAAAUUUUCCGAUAUAGACAUGACAGGGCCGGUUGCCACUGCCAUUGCGCAUCCUCUUCGCCGGUUGUCAAUGAUCAGCUUUCCCACUGCCACCAACAUGGAAUACGAAGGCAUAGAUCAACUUCACGGAGCCUUCACUAGCGACAUCGAACAAGACACCUUUAGUGACCUUGACAGUUAUUCCCCAAUAAAUCUAACUGUGCCAGGAAUUCGGAGGGACAUCAGAACAGGCAUCCGAUUGUUGGGUGCUAUUUUGGCUUACGUCGUUUUCUAUUUCACCUACGUUUACGUGAAAAUGACUGACCAAAACAGUAGCUCAAUAUCACAUCUGGAGGUCUUUGGAACUUGGAUGUGUCUGUUGUCCAGCGUCUGUAAUCCAUUCCUUUACGCAAUCGUUAGUAAGCGUUUCCGAUUGGCCGUACGGCGACUUUUUCAGCAGAGAAGGAAACGUCCUACUCAUAUUAAAAACCGAUGUCCCUUACAAAAAGUUCAAAAUAUUCCACCUAGAAUAUGGCAGCGGAGGAGGGCUGGUUCCUCCAGUAGUGAUCCAACGUCGGAAAAGGUGAAUGUAAACGAAAAAAGAAUGCCUUCUCUAUUAUCUCUUCCUUCAUUAGCACAAAUUCAAAACACUCCAAAUGAGAAACAUCAAAAAGAGGAAGCAGUGUCCGUAGUUAAAAGCACUCGGUUCUUAGAAGUGCCACAUGCUCAUGCAAGUAGAGUUCAAACAAGUACUAAUGUUUCAGAAUCCAAAACAAAAAUUCCUGUUAAUGGAAUGGCCAUAACAGUUCCAACAGAAUCAAAGAACGGUUUAAUAAAAAAAUGGCUAAAAUUUCGAUCGGAAUCGAUCGGAAAGACGAAGAAAAAAUCUGAGCAGGACUCGGAUGUGUUUUGUGGUGAAAAUAAAGCAAAUAUUAAAAUCCAAGUUGAUUUAGUUGGCACAUAAUUUUCUUAUUUAUUUUAUGAAAUGUAACACUGAACGAAUGUUCAAAAAGUCAUUUCGGAACAAAAAAAAAAAAAAAAUUAAAUUAACUAUAUUUUGAAAAAAUUAAAAUAAUUCCAAACUUUGACUUUUCAUAAUGGUUCGCAAACAUUCUGAACUUGGAUAGAACGCGUAUCUGUGUUAUUUGAAGAAAGUUAAAUAAUAGAAGAAAAAAGAAAAUACUUUUAAUUUUAAACAGUUUUCUUCAACAGAUGUCUAGUUUUGAUGCAGGUGUCAUACACUUUUAUUUACUGUUGACGUUUGUCUUUUUACUUUUUUUCUUUUUGUAUUUCUUCAAA